AUGAAUGAACAUGUUGAUCCUUCUGUGAAGAAGAGGUCGUUGAGUAAUUACUUGUCGAAUGUGAACCUAAGAAGAGAAGAACUCGAAAAGUUAAAGAAGAGACAAGAUGAAGAGAAACAGCAACUGGCUGUACAACAGGAGCAGUUGAAGCAGGAAGAACAAGAGAGGGAGAAAGAAAGACUUGUUAAAGAACAACGCGAACAAGAAGCCCUGCGAAGAAAGGAAGACCAGCAGAAGAAGACUGUUCCAACUGAACAAGCAGAGAUAAAAGAGAAUGACAUACCGCAACAAGCUGCUGUUAAAGAUAAUGAAAGUAACUUGAGAAGCCUUGAUCUAAAUGUUGAAGAGCGAAGGCGAUCAAUCCCAGGCGAUAAAGUGGGGGACGCUGUAAAUACAUUCAAGGAUCAUAAUAGUCCACAGCCUGGCACAUCAUACAAUGCACAGGAGAUAGAAAAACCCAAGAGUGAGACAAUUUCAAGAGAUGAUUUACAUGCUAUGCUCAAAGAGCCCAAGAUACGACGCAGUGGUGUUGUUGCUGGAGACAACUGCGAGGAUGAAGGAGCGAUCGAUAAAGAACCCAAGAAAGAAGAGCUCAGUGAAGAGGAGAUAGCCAGCGAUGCACCUACCGAGCCUGCUUCACCUCCGAAACCACGUCGUCGCAGAUUAAUAAGAGGAGACCGACUUUCGUCCUUAUCUCCACGACAUUCAACUUUCGAUAAUGAAUCGGACUCAGAGCUAUCCGACAUAGAUGAGCUUAAAAGCCUAAAGAUUUCCAGCAGCUUUAUACAUGGUGACUCAUCACCGGUGAGAGAUUCCCACGAUAGCAGGCACCGUUACCACCAGCCAUCAUCUCCCCGCUUGGUACGGCGCUCCACAUCCCCAGGACGUGCUAAACACCAUAUUGCGGUUCCCAAAGCGUCGAAACAGAAGAAAGGGAUUUAUAGAGAUGCUGGUGGAAGGACCAGGCUCCAGAUUUCAUGCGACAAAGGCAACUACGAGCAGGCAAAGAAGCUUAUUGAGGAAGAAGGUUACGAUGUGAAUGAUCAAGAUAAUGCCGGAAACACAGCAUUACACGAAGCUGCUCUUAACGGGCACCUUGAUAUCGUCAAGCUAUUGAUCGAGAAUGGCGCUGAUGUCAAUAUGCAAUCGUUUGAAAUGUUCAAAGAUACGCCGCUAAUAGACGCAUCUGCGAAUGGACAUCUUGACGUUGUCAAAUAUCUUUUAUCGCAUGGGGCAGACCCAACAAUAUGCAACGCAAAGGGAUUAACGGCAUUCGAAUCUAUAGAGGAUUCGGAUUUAGAUGAGCAAGAAAGAGAUAUUGUUCACGAAAUAAAGAGAAAUUUGAGAAGUGCAGCAAGAAACUGGAAGGAUGAAAAAGCUGUGCCUGGCGUACUUAACAAGAAGGAUAAACACCUGAAAAAUCAGUCACAGCUUUCCCAGCGAUCAGAAGAGUUAUUGGGCGAUUUUGAGUUCUUUUGGACCGAUAUCACCUCGAGAGCUGGUAAGGAAAAACUCUUCAAGGCAUCGAAAGAAGGCAAGUUAUCCUACGUAGGAGCUUAUCUCGAGAACGGCGGAAAGAUAGAUCUGAAAUCCUUUUUUGAAGCAGUAAAGUUUGGUCACGAAGACAUCGUGAGUUUGUUCCUAGCAUUUGGGGCGCCUGUUAAUGCUGUAUCGAAGAAUGGGACUACUGCGCUCAUCUGUGCUGUCGGAAGAGGUCACGUCGGUACGGUAAAACUUUUAUUGGAAGCCGGUGCGGAUCCAAGUAAGAAGGACAAGAAUGGUCAUACAGCCUCGCAUUACGCUGAAAAUAGUCCAAUGGGUGUUGUAAACACAGAGGAGAUUGAGCUUUUGGAGCAAGCAAUUAAAAAAUCCAGCUCGCAUGUAACCUCAAAGGAAAAGUGUAUUAAGAAAUCGCUUGAGCAAGCACAUGUUGAAGAAAAAACCAUUAUAAACAGGCAAGAAGAUAUCACGGAUAACCACAAGGACCAAGAAGAUGAUGAGAACGUUAUCAGUAUAGCAAGGAAAAGAAGGACAGUGUCUCCUGAUAGAUUAGAAAAUAAAAGGCAAACCCUAUUAAGUGAAAUACUGUCACCUGAGGCAAUAGAACCCAGAGAGGCUGUUAGCCCCCAAAACAUACGCGAUUCAAAGACUAGCGAGACAUCAACACCAGAGCUUGAAAGUGUAAAGAUACCUGAACAAACACCAGAAGAAAAAGAACAGCGAUUGAAAGCAGAGGAAGAGUACAUACAAAGGAGGCUACUGAACAAGAGAAGAAAGGAACAAGAGCUUUUGAGAAAGCUAGCCCUUGAUGAGGAGAAAAGAGAGAAGGAAAGGGCUCAACAAAAAAUUGAGGAGGCCAAGAAACUUCAAGAAAGGGAAAGGUUGAAACAGAUUGAGUUAGAAAAUAAGAACAAGGAAGCGGAACUUGUCAGAAGACGCGAGAUAAGAUCUUUGUAUCCGAUAGGACUGCGACUGGUGGACUUCAAUAACGCCGAUGACUAUCAUGACUACUUGCCAUUAUACUUUGCUCAGGUGGGAGAAGACGGCUCCAAAUACGUUCUCGAUUUACAGGUCUGUGUCAUUUUGAAGGAUACCAACUUUUUAUACAAUGAACACAACAUUCAGAACAAUAUUCCUGUACAAUUGAAACACAAGCGACAACUAUGGAAUAUUAUGAAGUUCAUCUUUUUGAAUGGCGGUAAAAAUGCGUUCGACUGGAACUCCUGCAGCCUACAAGAUAGAAUACAGUUUGAGUUGCAAGAAUACAAAAAAUUUUCGAACUUGCCCCUGCAAUGGAUUAAGCUCCAGGAUAUAUGCAUCAGCGAUGUCUCAAAGAGACAACAGAUAGAGCAAGGCAUAGUACAAAUAGUCCUAACUGACAAUAUCGAUGAAGCAUGGGACAUUCCUACAGCAAAAGAGCUCGCGAUCGAGACCGUACAGCCUCACUUCUUGCCCAAUAAGUUUCAAAAGAGACACACAGUUACACAUAUUUUACAAAACCACAAAACUCAACCAUUGUGGUGA